AUGCUCGCCCUCAUCCCGGUCCUCCUACUCCUCCCCACGGCCCUGGGCAGCGCCGUGCCCCCCCCGCUCGUCCUGGAACGGGCGACCCUCGAGGUGUCGCCCAACAAGACGUGCGGCACGACGGGCGCCGGCUCGGCCCCCGGCUUCACCUGCGCGGACCCGGACGGCUGCUGCUCCAAGUUCGGCUACUGCGGCUCCGGCGACGGCUUCUGCCUCACCUCCGCCGGCUGCCAGACCAAGUUCUCCAACAAGACCACCUCGUGCUACGCGCCCAAGUCCGGGUCGACCGUCUCCGUCGACGGCACCUGCGGAGUCACCGAGGCCGGAACGGCGGGAUACGUAUGCCCGUCUAACGGGACCGCCACCUGCUGCUCGUCUUCCGGAUACUGCGGUAACACUACCGGCCACUGCGCGGCCGCCGAGGGUUGCCAGUCCAAGUAUGGAAAGUGCACCGGCACCGCGGCGGCGCGCCUCAGGAGUCUAUUCUCGGUCAACCUCUUUGCGUAA